AUGGAUUCUUUAAAAGAAAUCUCAAUGAAUCAAAAGAUAUCAAUAUCCAAUGUAUUGAAUAAAAAAAAUUUUGAUAUUGUUACAAAAAAUCGAUCAAGAAUAAUUAUAAUUAUUGAUGCUAUCAUUUGGUUAGGGAGGCAGGGCUUGGCGUUAAGAGCUCAUAGGAUAUCUCCUGGCCCCCUAACACUUACAUCCCCUUCUCACAAUGAAGGAAAUUUUAAGGAAUUAUUGAAAUUUUUAUGUAAUAAUAAUGACAACUACCUAAAGCUUUUUGAAAGCUCCUCUAAAAAUGCUACUUACCUAAGUCCCACUAUUCAAAAUGAAAUAAUAUCAAUAUGCAAUCAGUUUAUAUUAAAGAAAGUUUCUUCAAAAGUCAAAGCAUCACCAUUUUUUAGUGUUUUGGCGGAUGAAACUUCCGAUAUUGGUAAUAUUGAACAACUAUCCAUAGCAAUAAGGUUUAUUGAUAUGGAAUCAGGUAAUUAUAAAAUGAAGGAACUAUUUGUUCAAUUUAUUGAAUUACCUGACACUAAGUCAGAAACGAUUGCUAAUCAAAUUAUUAAAUCACUUCAAAACCUGGAUUUAAAUCUACUGAGAGGCCAAGGGUACGAUGGAGCUCCCUCGAUGAGUGGCCAUGUUAAAGGGGUCCAGUCAAUAAUUAGAGAGCUUUAUAGCACAGCUCUUUAUGUUCACUGCAGUUCACAUUGCCUGAAUUUGAUGAUAACUGAGGCAUGUGAAAUUAGAGACAUCCGGAACAGUUUACAAACAAUAUCGUCGGUUUGUGACUUCUUUACCCCACCCAAGAAGAGGGAGAUUUUUACCCAAACGUUCGAUGAAAUUGAUUCAAAAAAUUCAAAAAAAAAAUUCAAAAGAUUUUGUCCCACAAGAUUCAUUGAAAGACAACAAUCGGUGAAGGUUUUCAUCGAGUUAUAUGAGGUUAUUUUUGCGGCACUGGAAUCAUACAUAUUACGCAAAGAAAAAGAUUCCGCAGAUGCGGAAAAUCAUUUACAGGCUAUUACGAAGCCUCAAUUUUUAAUUUCAAUUCAAUGUGUUUAUUUUUUAUUUAAUUAUACAUAUGAUUUUAGCAAAAUGUUACAAAAAAUUGAUUUGGAUUUAAGGGAGGUUAUGAAUAGGGCAAAGGAUAUUGUUGAAAUAUUAACAAAUAUCAGAGAUAAUGUGGAUGAAAAAUUUCACGAAAUAUAUGAGAAAGUAAAGGAGAUCGCUAAUAUGUUUGGGAUUGAAAUUUUUAAACCUAGAGUAGUUUCUAGACAAUCCAAUCGCUCAAAUAUUGAUGCAUCUACGAUUGAGGAUUUUUAUAAAAUUAACAUUUUUAUUCCACUUAUUGAUACAUUUUUAUUUCAAUUAAAGGAAAGAUUUAUAAGUCACAAUUUUAUUUUAAAAAGCUUUUAUUUUCUUUUGCCGGUUGAGUCUGAAUUGUUGAUUACACUUGAAACGCGAGAGGAUAUUAAGAACAUCUCAGAGUUUUAUUCUGAUGAUUUAUUAGGGUCGUAUGAUAAGUUACUUUGUGAUGGAGAAUUUUGGUAUAAAAAUCUUGGCAGAAUAGAACUUAUCAAAUUGAACUGA